AUGUCUUUCCUUCAUAAUCAUUCUUGCGAGUGCGUUAAGUCAGAAUUGGAUUUGUUUGCACUACCGUCUACACAAACUAGCAUUGAAAAUGGAUUGUGGAUUCAUUAUAAACCAAUUUCAUCUCUUGGUGAUGAUGGACCUAUCGAGUUUCAAGUUCCUGGGACCGGCGAUGACUACAUAGAUUUGUCUCAUACAUUACUCCACAUAAAGGCAAAAGUAUUAAAUCAAGAUUCAACUAACUUGGUAUCUACUACAAUAGUAGCACCUGUAAAUAAUUGGCUGCAUUCACUUUUUAGUCAACUUGAUGUUUAUUUAAACCAAAAACUUGUAUCACCACCUAAUAAUACCUAUGCAUAUCGAGCAUACAUGGAAACCCUUUUAAACUAUGCCCCUGCUGCUAAACAAUCUCAUCUUACUUGUAGUCUUUGGUAUGAGGAUACAGCAGGAAAAAUGGAUUCUACAGAUGGUAAAAACAUAGGAUUUGUUAAAAGACAGGAAUUGAUUAGUGAAAGUAAGGAAAUAGAAAUGAUUGGUCAUCUUCACGGUGACAUUUUUAACCAAGAUAAAUUUUUAAUUAAUGGUGUUGAAAUGAGUGUUAAAUUGGUUCGAUCAAGAGAGAGUUUUAAUUUAAUUGUUGGAUCAAACGAUGUAAAGUUUAAAGUUUGUAUUACGGACGCAACUCUUAUUGUUCGACGAACACGAAUUAAUCCAAGUGUAUUACUCGCACAUCAAAAAGUUUUAGCUUCUACCACUGCUAAAUAUCCUAUUACUCGAGCUGAAGUAAAAGUUUUAACAAUUCCUUCGGGUGUUCAAGGAAAAACUCUUGAUAAUAUAUUUUUAGGACAGGUACCCUUAUAUAUUGAUGGUCAACAAAUACCUUCAAAAGCUUUGCAACCAUCUUUUAAUAAUAGCAUAUUUACAUCAGCAUAUCAUACUCUAUUCUCGGGAACUGGUAUUCACUUUCUUAAUGAAGGAAAUGGAAUCUCUUGUGAACAGUAUGGCAAAGGUUACUGUCUAUUAGCAUUUGACUUAACUCCUGAUUUAUCAGCUAACUCAUCAACUCAUUGGAAUCUCAUAAAGCAUGGUAGUGUAAGAAUAGAAGUACGAUUUGAAUCCUCAUUAAUACAAACAAUUAACUGUAUAGUUUAUGCUGAGUUUGAUAAUAUUAUUGAGAUAGAUAAAAACAGAAAUGUUACUGUAGACUAUAGUAGUUAA